AUGUUACUUCAACCUUGGUUGCAAUCUUCGAAAGUUUUUUUAUUUAACAAAUGUGUCCAAUAUCGUAGUUGCGCACAUGGCACACGAAGGUUCCUAUCCAAUACUCAGUCGCCAAAUUCGCAUAUAGGUCGUAGAAUUAUAAGAUAUCCGUAUAACGUUGAGAUCAAACAUGAUCUGACACCGAUUAGAAAACCACGCGUUAAAGCUGAUUUGAAUUCGACAACAUUGAUGGUAUCAGGGCCAUUAGGCACACAUUCUUUACCAAUUAAACCAUACAUCAAAAUUAAAUUUAUCGACUCAGAUAUGCCGUACGUGUCGCCCGAGGAACGAAAACUCGAGAAACUCACUUCAAACGAUGAUGAUGAUUUAGACUUCAUCGAUGAGAGUGAUUUUGACAAAAAACUAUCGAUAUCUAUUGAAGACGAACAAAUCAAAGAGCAAAAGGCUAUGUGGGGUACUACAAGGUCCUUGAUUGCAAACUACAUUACAGGAGUUUCCGAAGGUUACCGAGUUUUAUUGAAGUUUGUUGGCGUAGGGUACAGAGCCAGCUUAGAGGAAGAUCCUCUUUCAGAAGAAAAUCGGAAACAACUUCAUCUAAGAGUAGGAUAUUCUCAUCCCGUCAUCUUAGACAUUCCUUCUGGUAUUGAAUGCCGCCUACCUAGUUCGACGAAAAUCGUCCUAAGUGGGACAGAUAAGCAAUUAGUGACGAUGUUUGCAUCAGAAAUAAGGAAAUAUAGGCCGCCAGAACCUUAUAAUCAAAAAGGAAUUUUCAUUAACGAUGAAACAAUUAAGAAGAAGAAUAGCAAGAAAAAAUAA